AUGAUAAACAAGAAUAAUGAAUGUCUAAGAUCUUUACAGAAGAUUGCUAAUGGUUUUAACUAUCUUCAAGAUAUUGAAGAUUCUAGUGAUGAAGAGCUGAAUGACAUUGAAGUUGCCAUAUUUCCGCCGGAUGAGGUAGAUGAAAUGACUGAUAUAGAAGAAGGUCAUAACGACGAUAUGGGAGUUUUGCCAGUGUCUGAUGUAGCUGGUCAAGUGGAAUUUUCGUGCACGAUCGAUAACGUCGCGGAAAAUCAUCCUACUCAAACCACAUCCCGGACAAACAAGACAGUCACUUGGCGUAAGCGUGAACCAGUAUAUUCUUAUAUACAGCCGGAAUCUAAUACUGCUAAACAUUGUUUGGAAAAUAUGAUGACAGAGUUGGAAGGAAAAUCAGCGGUAGAAAUAUUCGAAAACUUGUUAUAUGACGAGAUUCUAUAA